AUUAUGUAUUCAAUAUUGUUUACAAGUUUUGUCAAUAAAAAUUUGACAAGCGGGAAAUUGAUAGUUGAAACAUUGUUUUAUUUCACGUAACACUGAUAAUGAAGAGAAAAAUUAAAUAGUAAGGACAUUUUAUUGGAAUGUCUAUUUUUGUUUUUUCUUUGUGUAAUUCCAAAUUUUUGACACUGGUAACCAUAGUUCAAAGUACACUUUUCUCAAAAUUUUUGAUAAAUCAUAUUCCAAACAUUAGUCACUAUAUAAACACUGGUCAAAAAGAGACCAAUCACAAAACAAAAGUGUCAUAUUUUGCUCUACCAUGUGUGUUUCCGAAAAUUGCCACAUGAACGCGGGCGCUAAUGGUCAAGAAGAAAGUCCAGAAUACCGAAUGCAGACAGUGAAUCUCCAGAACUUCUAACUACUAACUACAUUUUUUAAAAAUUCCGUCAAAUCAAAACACAGAAAUCAUGCCCGAUAAAAUUAACAAAUUAACUCCCUUGAUGGAGAAAGAAAUGACAAUUGAAUUUCUUCAACACGAAUGCGGAUGUUUAGUUGAUGUACAACAAAACAAUACUUGUCAAAAAACACAAUCAAAAUGCUCAGAAACAAAGAAGGUGAUUCCCGAAGUAACUAAAUAUGAAAAACCAGAACCCAAGCAACAGUCAAAAUGUGAAUCUGAACCUAAAGCACCUAAAUGUGAAGUCAAAGUUGAACCGAAACCGGAGCCAAAAUCUGUAGUCAAAGAGGAACCUAAGCCAGAGCCCAAAUGUGAACUUAAACAAGAGCCAAAACCAAAACCCGUUCCACAAACACCUUGUCAAAAACAAGAGAUUGUCAUUCCAGAAGUACCUAAAGCUAAUAUCAAAGAUGAACAAAAGCCUGAACCUAAACAAGAGCCAAAAACGUCUUGUCAAAAACAAGAGAUUGUCAUUCCAGAAGUACCUAAAAUUGAAGUGAAAGUUGAACAAAAGCCAGAGCCAAAAUGUGAAGUCAAAGUUGAGCCCAAGCCUGAGCCUAAAUGCCAAGCCAAAGAGGAACCUAAGCAAGAGCCUAAAAAACCAGAACCCGUUCCACAAACACCUUGUUGUCAAAAAGAAGAGAUUGUUAUUCCAGAAGUACCUAAAAUUGAAGUGAAAGUUGAACAAAAGCCAGAGCCAAAAUGUGAAGUCAAAGUUGAGCCCAAGCCUGAGCCUAAAUGCCAAGCCAAAGAGGAACCUAAGCCAGAGCCUAAAAAACCAGAACCCGUUCCACAAACACCUUGUUGUCAAAAACAAGAGAUUGUUAUUCCAGAAGUACCUAAAACUGAAGUGAAAGUUGAUCAAAAGCCAGAGCCAAAAUGUGAAGUCAAAGUUGAGCCCAAACCUGAGCCUAAAUGCCAAGCCAAAGAGGAACCUAAGCCAGAGCCUAAAAAACCAGAACCCGUUCCACAAACACCUUGUUGUCAAAAACAAGAGAUUGUCAUUCCAGAAGCACCUAAAGUUGAAAUCAAAGUUGAGCCCAAGCCUAAAUGCCAAGCCAAAGAGGAACCUAAGCCAGAGCCUAAAUGUGAACUUAAACAAGAGCCAAAACCAGAACCGAUUCCACAAACACCUUGUUGUCAAAAACAGGAAAUUGUGAUUCCAGAAGCACCUAAACCUGAACCCAAACCCGUCACUAAGUGUGAAUCUAAAAAAGAACUGGCUAGUAGCCAACAUACCGAAGAAAAAAAACCAAAUACGCCUGAUGAUAAGUCAAAUGGAAUAAUUACUGAAAUUUUUAAUUCAGCAAGAGGUGUUUAUGAGGAAAUUGUCGACGAUGUAAGAGAUGUUUUACAUUUUUCUUCAAACGAAGAGUCAGAAAAGGAAAAAAGACAAAAGGAAGAAGAACAAAAAGUAGAACAGAAAGUAGAGAAGAAAGUAGAACAGAAAUUAGAAAAGAAAGUAGAACAAAAAGUAGAAAAGAAUGAAGUACAAAAACAACAAAAAGUGAAUGUACAAAAACAAGAAAAAGUGGAAGUAAAAGAAGAAGGAAAAGAUGGAAAGAAAACUAAAGAUGGAUUUUUCAAGGGAAUGAUGAAUGUUGUCAAACAUACUUAUGGAGAAGUAACUGAUGAUGUUAAAAUGAUAAUAGAAGACAUUAAAUUUGAUAUUGGUUUGGAAGAUGAUUCUGAUAAGAAGAAAACUUCAGAUAAAGAAUCAGCUGUUAAUGUUAACGAUAAGAGCGAUUCUAAUAAGACAGAAAAGUCAAAAACUAAAGUUGAUGAUACAAAAGCUACUGUUUCAAAAUCAUGUUCCUCAAAAACAAAGAAACAUUAAUGAUUUAGAUGCGAGCUAAAUAACAUCAAAAUGAAAUCAAGAACAACCUUUUCAAACAACAGUAAAUUAUAUAUAAUUCUAUAAUAAAUAUAUAGGAUUCUAUUAUAAUUUAAAUAACAUUAGAAAUUAUAAUCAAUCAGACUGGAACACAAUUGUAAAACAUUCAAUACUUUUAUAAUUAUGCCUACGUUUUUUUAACUAAUAAUGUACAAAUUAUUUCAAUAAACAACUAUUCUUGAUCUA